ACUGAACUGUCAAUUUUUGACUCUGCUAGAUUGACAUUAACACACGCCAGAUGUAACAAUGCAAUAGUGCUCGAAUAAAUAUCAAUAAAUUCUGAUAUUCAUAAUCAAUUUCAAGGUCUCCAGUACCAACCACUAAAACCCUAUUUAUUGACAAUAAACGUCAUUAACGAUUACGAUCAAAUGAUCGCAAUUUAAGUGACAGAUAACCUUAUACGCUCAACAAUGAUCAAUGUCACAUAGAUUAUUCAGUGAUUAUUCGUCAUUGUGCUUUGUUAGUCACAAUUUGACAAAACGGGUGAACAAAACAAACUCAACAUAUUAAAGUGGGUGGUGGUUUGCCAUGACUGUGAAUAAUGGAGGUGAAAGUCGCGGAGGGUCUCGUAAGGGACUUAGACCUAACACUUCAGCCGCGAGCCGCACCGAGGUACAAAGUUUGGCUGCCCUUAGCCACCCAACAGCUGCGCCUGAGGAGCUUGUGCCAAGUGAUAGGCUGCAACUUGGAGACGGAUAAGAACAUUGAAACAUGCUGGUUCUAUUUCACACUCCACAGAUCGAGCAUGUCAUCACCAUUUUAUACAAGUGAACCCAUUGACAACGCUAGUCCACGAUGGGCGAGCCUUGAAGUGCCUACUUUACAUGCAACUGGCCUCUCCACUGCCAAUGAAAUAGUUUUACGCCUGUGGAGACGUACAGUAGUGGCCGACCCAACGACAGACGUAACAGUAUUCACCUGGGGUAUCUCCUUUACCGGUCUCGUCUACAUGGGCCCAAAGCUCUCGAACAAUCUCGAACCAAUGCUCCGCCCCAACUCCCUCAUAUUUCACCUCUACGGUGGCUUCUUCGUGCCAUCCUACUGCCUUCUCCAUCCCCCUGAAUUCCGUCGUUACCUCUACAUGAGCGUCAGCAACUCUGAGAUUCGCGAGAGCUACACAGUCUCCAAACUGACCAGCCUCAGACGCAAGAUGCUGCUCCUGAAACAGCAGACUGAGGCAACAGAAGCGUUACGCGAGAGAAUAGCCUCCGGAGACGGUGUCCAAUCUCCAAAAUUCAAGCAGACAACUCUCAAUCGAUUACUGCAACCGAAGAGAAUAAGUAAAGAGAAGAGGGCAGAAAUCCUGAAGAUGAGAAAGGAAUUAGAAGUAGCAAAAUUUAGAACAAAAUUACUAGAACAAGAGAGAUUAAGAAAAAUGGGCGAAUUACGUGGAUUGAAUCAAUUACACCUGACUGUGAUGGAAGAGAACCAGGACCACGGUUCGUUGCUGAUGGAGAGAUACAGAGAACUGAACAAAGACAUGGAGAGACUGAGGGAAUGGCGUCAGAGUCACAUAGAGACUCGAGAAGUUUACGUGCAGACCUCGGCACAGUUGGCCUUCAGAAGACGCCAGCUGAUGUCUGACCUCUGCCUGAUCUUCCCCAUUCGUCAGGAGUCUGAACGAAAAUACACCAUCAAUAACGUACACCUACCGGAGAGUGAAGAGCUGGACUCCUGCAACGACAUUCAGACCUCAGUGGCCCUGGGUUACGUGGCCCAGUGCACACAGAUGGUAGCCAACUUCCUUAAUGUUCCCACCAGGUACCCCAUCCUCCUCAAUGGCUCUAGGAGCAAAACAGUCGACCAUAUCAAUGACAAUUUUCCUGAGAAAGACCGUCAGUUUCCACUCUUCUCACGGAGCAAGGACAAAUUACGGUUUCAUUAUGGAGUUUAUUUAUUGAAUAAAAACAUUGCGCAGCUCAGGUGGUACUGUGGCCUCACCACGAUUGAUUUACGCCCAACAUUAGUCAAUUUAGGAUCUCUGCUGAAUUUAAAACCCAAUCAGUCAUUGGACAACUCGAAACGAACCUUCUCAGGAUCUUCUUUGGACACUGAUAACAGUGCCAAUGGAAAGCACAAUGUCCCCCUGACUCCACCCCUACAAAAAGUCAUGAUCGAUAAAAUCAACAGAACUAAGACGAUGAGUCAGUUGAGAAUGUUGAGAUCUUCAUUAGGAUCUUCCCUCGAUCAAGGUCUCGAUAAACCGAAUCAGAGUCUCGUACUUGGAAAGCAGAGCAAACGGAUUUGCAAGUCUGAGGAGUCGGCAAUCGACGAAAAAACGUUUUCAUUACCUAGAGAUGGGUUGAGCAACAGUAGUGAGGAGACUAUUGACGACGGAGUGUUUCAAGAUGCUAAUGCUGAGAGAUUGAAGCCAUUGGAGUCCAGUGAACUCAUUGAGCCUGAGAUCGAGAUCACGAUACCUGUGUCUGUGUCAAAACCAAAGUGCGAUGACGAUGGUAUCAGACAGAGGAGUUCCAACUCGAUAAGCAGCUGUGAGAUGGCUCUAGGGGGGUCUCAGACUGAUGUGGACAGGCCGAAUGGAGAAUUGGAUGCUGGGAAAAUUGAGAUUCCAUUGAAUAAACUUGCUAAUAAGUUGAAUAAUAUUCACGUUCAAUCGAAUGAGAGUCCCACGACUUUUGGCAUGGAAAAAUCAGAAAAGGAGAGGAGUCAAGAGACUUUGACUAGUCUGGUGGGUGACAAAAGAGUGAUCGAGAGCACUGAGACACUCUCCAGUUCAUUGGUGUCGCUGGAUGACACCAGCAACUCCUGCGAACGGAUCGAGGAGAGACUGAGUGUCGCCUCCAGCUGCCCUGAGAGUGCUAAAUCGUUCUAUGAUGAUGCGGAUGAAACUCUGAGGAGCAAUUGGAGGACCGAGUCCAAUCCCAGUCUCCAGAUGUUGGGCGGAGUGGAGAGGAGGACAUUUCCCGUUCCCAUCUCUCGAUCACAGCCUAACAGGGUUCAGGAGGCCGUCAAUGAUUAUCAAGCCUCCACAGAGUUCAUUGAUUCCAUACGUAAAAGCUCGGAAAAUGUUUUUGCAAGGACUGAAGCACUCGCGAACAAAAAAACGAGCUUCAAAGUCAUGAAGCCAAGGUUCUAGGGUUAUUUGUGAUUCGAGAGAAAUUAUUUUUCAAUGAUUCCAUAAAUUAAUUAUUGUAAUUUAUUAUAGCUCACAAAUUGAUUUUUCUUUAUUGGUGGAUUAAUGUAAUUUUUAUUGGAGAAAAGAAUGAUUGAAAGCUUGAAGAGGUGAAUUUUGUUGAUGAGGAAUUGUUAAAUUAGAGGAUUUAUAUCAAUUGAUUCAGUUCAGUUGACGUACAAAUUAUGUUGGAAAUAAAUGUUUGGAGAUUUUAUGAGGAAAUUUCUGUUUACAUUUUAUUGUUCAAAUAAAUGUCGCUCGAUUUGUAAUCAUUUUCUUCUCAGUAUAAGCGCGAGUGAGAUUAAUUGGAACAGAGAACAAUGAUUGAAUGAUUAAAUUAUUUCAUUAUAUAGAACACAUAAUAAAAUAGUAAUUUUAUUAUCCAUUGUUCACUGGUCUCACUCUUUUAUUUGAUGUAUAUAUAAUUUAUAGUACGAUGUUAAAAGCUGUAUCGAAUUUGCUUCUGUUGAGAUGACACUUGCGAAUUAAUCAUGAUAAUAAUAUAUAUUGAUUAUUUACAAUUAUUGUAUCUGGCUCAUUUAAUGCUAUUAGAGUUGUCCUUCAAUAUCAAAGGAUUCAUUUUCCUUCUCAAUGUUGUUUUUUUUCCACUGCUCAUCGGUCCAAAAAUAAUUUAGCAUUUUAUCCUACCGUAUUAUUGAUAAUGAUGACAAUCACGAUUCAUUGUAACUAUCGAUACGAUGAUUUGAACCUUAAAAUCUAGAAAAAUGGCAUUUUCGAGCUUAAAUAAUUCUCUCAUUGUAUGUACAUAGUUUCGAAAAAUGUGAGAUGGGUAAAGAGAUCUUAACGGUUGUUUUUUUUACUAAAAUCAGUGAAAAAUUGUAUUUGUUUUAUUUGGAAGGAUCGACUCCUGUGAGACUGGCACUAAUUUCCCAGAGUUUUUCGGCCACUUCUGGCUUCAGGGUCUUCUUUGAUGCGUAAACUUUGCAGUCACGAUAGAGUAAUCCACUCUCGUUUGACAGGGAAGCAUCUGUUGCACAGUGUAGAACUGUUUGUGCGCCCUAAAAGGAUUAUAAGUUACUUAAAUUGUUAAUGAAACCCAGUGUUACAAAGAUAAAAUGUAAUAAGUUAAACGGAAAAUGGUUUGUUACACGAUUCUUUUCUUCUUUUACAUGCUCACAUUUUUCAGUAGAACGGGGACAAAGAAUAUGAGAUUCUUAAUUUUUAAUUUUGAAAAAUGACAGA